AUGACAAUAGAUGAUAAUCAAGCAGAUCAUUUCCUUAAUGUGUAUCAUUCAGCAAGCACAGUAUAUGCAUUUUGUUUAAAUUCAACUGUACAAGAUAAAAUGGCAAUUUGUCUAAAAACGGAAAUUCAAGAGAUUGAUUUAUUAAAAGCAAAUAAUAUCUCUAGUACAUCAUUAGCUAGAACAAGAUCUAUAUCUUCGUUUGGCUUUGGUCAAGAUCAUCAUAUAGACAGUUAUCCUGAUACAGAAGAUGAUGUUUAUUCAUCAGAUAAAGAUCAAGAGUCAAUAAAUACAGCAAAGCAUGUGCCACGAAAGCAAUGUCUUGUACCCUCCUCUAAAGUUUCUAGCUCUUCAACUCCAAUUAUUUCCCCUAGUCGUAUUAUAACUGAAGACCAAAAUGGUUUAAAUAUAGAACAUCUUCAUGAUUCACUUAGAAAAUCAUUAGCAAAAGGAUCAGAUUAUUCAAGAACAAGUCCAAUGCCUAUUGAUAACUCUGAGCGUGAAAAAAUGAUUUUGCUCAAACGAAAUAUUGCUGCUAGUUGUGCAGAGACCCAUCCUAAAUAUCCAUUUUGUAAGAUGAUCUACUGCUAA